GUGAAUUAUUCAGUUUGUGUGUUGCCACGUGUUUGUUACUAUUAUCAUAGGAGAGUAUCGUCUUAACUAUGUCUUCUCUCGUGAACAAUAAAGAAGAGGCACGAUCAGUCAGCACAACCACAUAUUUCUUGGGAAUAGUGAAACAAGUUUUAUCAGGAGAUACUAUUAUAAUACGUGACAGGCCCAUAGAUGGGCCUCCUCCAGAACGAACCAUUAUUUUGUCCAAUGUAUCAUGCGGUCGCGUUGCUCGUAAGCCUUCGACGGGAAACCCCACUGGAACACCAGAAGAUCCGUUUGCCUGGGAAGCCAGAGAGUUUGUUCGUACUCUUUUAAUUGGGAAAGAAGUUUGCUAUUCUAUCGAAACAGAACAGCCAUCCGGUCGCAAAUAUGGAUGUGUGUAUGUUGGGAAAAAUAUCAGUGGAGAAAAUGUUGCUCUGUCCUUGGUGGAACAAGGUUUGGCUGAAGUGAGAAAGCUAAAUCCGACAGUAGCUGCCAAAAAUAAAAUUUACCAGCAACUUGUAACUGCUCAAGAACAAGCAAAAUCACUUGGUAAGGGUCGUUGGUCUCCCAACCUCCCUGUUACAAGAGAAAUUCUCUGGUCAGUCGAGAAUACUCGCAGCUUCUUUGAGAGCUACAAAAACCGACCACUUAAAGCUGUUGUCGAAAAUGUUCGAGAUGGUUGCUCUGUACAAGUCUUCAUUCUGCCUGAAUCCCUUAAUGAAAACCCAAAUACGUUUGUAUACCUUACUGUCACAAUGUCAGGAAUUAAAUCGCCAUCGAUACGUUACGAGGACGGAAAAAUUGUUCCUGACGCGUGGGGUCUCGAUGCGCUAUUCUUUACCGAAUCCAGACUGCUACAGAGAGACGUUACUAUACUGUUGGAAUCCGUAUUCAAUCAAAAUUUCGUCGGAAGCAUCCUCCACCCAAAUGGAAAUAUAGCUGAGUUGUUGCUGCGUCAUGGUCUUGCUCACUGUAUUGAUUGGAACCUAAACUUAGUAAGCGUUCCAGGUGCUGCUGAAGCCUAUAAAAUAGCUGAAAGACUUGCGAAAGAAAAACGACUACGUGUGUUUGAAAACUAUCAGCCCACACAACCAACGGAAGUACAUUCGGACAGUCUUCAAACAGUUGUUCCAGGAAAAAUAUUCAGUGGAAUUGUGAGUGCUCGUCCAACCUUAUUUGUACUAUUGUUCAGUCUCCAUUUCUGA